GCUCGGGGAAGACGCCAAGAUGGCGGCAAGCCACUAUUUCGGCUUCGCGCAGGGCAGCGACCUGCAGUACAGUGCCGAGACUCCAGCUCUUCCCCUGCUCACCACGGGGGCCAGCUAUACUGCACAGCCCACUCCUGGGAUGGACUCCGCCGCGAACCCGGCCUUUCCCCCAGCUGCCCCGGCAGGAUACAGUGGAUACCAGCCCCACUCCAGCCAGGAGUUCACCUACGGCAGCCGACCCCAGGAGCCCGUCCCCACAGCCACCACCAUGGCUACCUACCAGGACAGUUACAGCUAUGGACAGUCGGUGGCUGCCAGGAGCUACGAGGACAGGCCGUACUUCCAGCCUCCUGCCCUCCAGCCUGGGCGCAUGACAGACUCCUGCCAGCCAGGGACCCAAGAGGCCUGCAGGCAGCCCAGCCCCCAUGGCGGUCACAGCCGCGUUCAGCCCCCACAACAGGCGCCGAGAGUGGAGGCCGGACAGCCAGCGAGCGCCCUGUCCUCGGGAUACACCUACCCCACGGCGACAGGCGUCCAGCCCGAGUCCUCGGCGUCCUACCCCCCGCCCUCCUACGAUCCCACCUGCACCGCCUACACGGCACCAAGCUACCCGAGCUAUGACGCGUCGGGGUACUCCGCCGCCAGCCCUUUCUAUCCUCCAGCGCAGCCCCCGCCUCCCCCGGGACCCCCGCAGCAGCUGCCCACGCCGCCCACGCCCGCAGGCUCAGGAAGCAGCCCCAGGACCGACUCGAAGCCGCCGCUUCCCAGCAAACUGCCGAGACCCAAGGCCGGGCCCAGGCAGCUCCAGCUCCACUACUGCGACGUCUGCAAGAUCAGCUGCGCGGGACCCCAGACCUACCGGGAACAUCUGGGAGGGCAGAAGCACAGAAAGAAGGAGGCGGCCCAGAAGACAGGCGUGCAGCCCAACGGGAGCCCGCGUGGGGUGCAGGCGCAGCUACAUUGCGACCUGUGCGCCGUGUCCUGCACUGGGGCAGAUGCCUACGCGGCCCACAUCCGGGGAGCCAAGCACCAGAAGGUCUUCAAGCUGCACACCAAACUGGGGAAGCCCAUUCCCACCCUCGAGCCUGCACCGGCCACAGAGAGCACCCCCGGGGUGGAGGCCAAGCCCGCAUCCCCCACUGGCCCCAGCGUGUGUGCCCCGAGCAGGCCAGCACUGGCCAAGAGACCCGUGGCCUCGAAGGCCUCAUGCGAGGGGCCUCCUGAGCCGCAGAUAGCAGGCUGCAGACCCCAGAGAGGGAGACCAGCCCAACCCAAAUCAGAGGGUCCUGGAGCACCCACCCAAGGAGGCUCAGAGGAAGCUCCCCUGGGCUGCUCUGAUGCGCAGCCGCUGGGCCCAGAAUAUGUGGAGGAGGUGUGCAACGAGGAAGGGCGAGUGGUUCGCUUCCAGUGUAAGUUGUGCGAGUGCAGUUUCAACGACCUUAACGCCAAGGACCUGCACGUGAGGGGACGGCGGCACCGGCUGCAGUACCGGGUGCGUCCAGCAGGGGGAGCCCCCGACACCCGUCCAGGGUGUGCCUGGCCCCGGGCGGGCGCUGGGAGGCCUCUGGUCGGGCCUCUGCUGCCCCUGUGUGCCUUCCCCGCACACCUUAAGGUUUUUCUUCUAGAAGGCGUGGAGAAGCCUCUGGCUGACCCAGGUGAUGUCCUGAGCUCCGAGAAGUGCCUCGAGUCCCUGGCCGCCCUCCGUCAUGCCCGGUGGUUUCAGGCUCGAGCCAGCAGCCUGCAGCCAUGCGUGAUCGUCAUCAGGGUCCUGAGGGACCUCUGCCGGCGUGUGCCCACCUGGGCAGCCCUGCCAGCCUGGGCCAUGGAGCUGCUGGUGCAGAAGGCUGUGAGCAGUGCAGCGGGGCCCCUGGGCCCUGGGGACGCGGUCAGGCGAGUCCUGGAGUGCGUGGCCACAGGGACGCUCCUGACAGAUGGGCCCGGACUCCAGGAUCCCUGCGAGAGAGACCAGACAGAUGCCCUCGAGCCCAUGACCCUCCAACAGCGGGAAGACGUGACCGCCAGCGCCCAGCACGCCCUGCGAAUGCUGGCCUUCCGGCAGACCCACAAGGUCCUGGGCAUGGAUCUCCUGCCACCCAGACACCGGCUUGGGGCCCGCUUCCGGAAGAGGCAGCGGGGAGCUGGCGAGGCCGAGGAGGGCACAGAGGAGAAGAAGCGGGGCCGGCGGGAUGGAGAGGGGCUCGUGUGAGCCACCUGCCUCCCCAACCUGCAGGCCUUCGCAUCCCUGCACUCCUGGACGUGUGCCCACUGACCAAUAGCAGCAUCAUCCCUGACGUUGGACAACAGUCGUUUCCUUUUGAGUAGCGCUUUGUAGGUUUCUUUUAAAACACUUGUGUUUCGGGCUGGGCACCAUGGCUCAUGCCUUUAAUCCUAGCACUUUGGGAGGCCGAGUUGCUUGAGCCUGAGAGUUCAAGGCCAGCCUAGAUGACAGAGUGAGACCCCCCCCAUCUCUCCAAAA